UCACAAGCAGCGCCCUUAUCUCCCACCGUCCCACAGGUGUAGAGCUCAGUCUACCCUCUCCAGAAAUGACAGCAGCAGCUCUACGCCUCUGCGUCCUUCUCGCUCUCCAGUUGAGAUGCGUCACCCCGCUGGUGAUCCCGCAGCACAGAGGGACGGCAGGGAAGCAGAACGGGUUGGAUGUCACAAAUACAGCGAGUCAGAAGCUGAACACGUUGUUCAGUCUGAAAAAUUUACCCCGUGGACCAGCGACGGCUCCUCGGAAGAAAGCACCUCAGUUUAUGCUGGAUCUUUUUAUCGCAGUGUCAGUUUCCGAUGGGACCCUAAAAAGCCAGAAGGAGAUUCUGGAAGGAAACAUAGUGCGAAGUUUUGAAGAUAAAGGUCAUGCUGGAGAGAGGUUUCACUUCUUCAACUUGUCGUCUUUCGGCAGAGAGGAGAGGAUGAUCAAAGUGGAGUUCCGCUGGUUCAGAAAGAAACAGAAGUUUUACCUCGGAAAGUCACACGGCCCACAUUUCUAUAAGGUGGAUCUAUAUGAGGUGUUGGACAGCAGAGUGAAGCCAUGGAGAGGAAACCUCAUCACCUCCAGACUGGUGCCCAUGUACACACAAGGAUGGGAGGUCUUCAAUGUCACUCAAAUGGUAUCUAGGUGGAUCCGGAACAGUCAGGAGAGCAACGGCAUCCUGGUGGUGACAACGCUUCCAUCUGGUAACUGGAUGGAUUCGGUGGUGCCUUCAUCUAAAAAGAAUGCAGAGCUGUCAGACACAAACGCCUACUUGGUCAUAUUCUCACAUGAUGGGAGGACAGCAGCAUCAAACCAGUCAUACCUGGCUCAACCUGCUGCAGCAGUACCUGAUCCUCACCACAUCCGCAGCAGGAGGCGACGUGCAUCUUCAGGCUUCGUGGCCCAAGGUGGCUCCCUGUCCUGCCAGCGGGUUCCCCUCUUUGUUGACUUCGACGAGAUUGGCUGGUCGGGUUGGAUCAUCUCUCCGCGCGGAUACAACGCCUACCACUGCAAAGGCUCCUGUCCAUUCCCUCUUGGCGGAGGCCUCAGUGCCACCAACCACGCCACGGUGCGCUCCAUCAUGCACGCCCUUAAGCUCUCUAGCAAUGAAGUGGGAGCUCCCUGCUGUGUGCCCGACAGACUCCAGUCUAUCAGUCUGUUAUAUUUUGAUGAUCAGGAGAACGUGGUUUUGAAGCAGUAUGACGACAUGGUGGCGUUAAGCUGCGGCUGUCAUUGACUGGAUGAGCCUCCUGUAUGAAUGCACUGUCACAACAACAACAUGCACUACUGUUCCAAAGUUUUGGGCCACUUAGAAAUGCCAUUAUUUUUGAAAGAAGAGCAGUUUUUUCAAUGAAGAUGACAUUAAUCAGAAAGACAGUCUAGACAUAAAUGACUUUUCAAGCCCGAAAUGGCUGCUUUUUAAUGGAGUAUCUACAUGGGGUAGAUACCAUUGAAUGAAUUAGAAACACAGUCUAGGCAUAGUAUAUGUAGUAAAUGAGUAUUCUAGGUGGAAACAGAUGAUUUUUAAUGGAAUAUCUACCUAGGGGCACAGAGGAACAUUUCCAGCAACCAUGUGUUCUAAUGGUACAUUGUGUUAGCUAAUGGUAUUUAAAUGCUAAUUGAUGAUUAGAAAACCCUUCUGUAGUUUUGAUAUAACUUGAAUAAAAGUGUGAAUUGCCUGGGUAACCCCAAACUUUUGAACGGUAGUGUACAUAAAAGCUAUGUUGGUUUGCAGCACAGAAUAUCUGUUACUCAAGGCGGUAAGAUUGUAAGAUACCUAUUUUUUUGGCCUGCACUUCUCUUACGGAAAUAUGGCCUACAAAUUUCUUGUCUGGUGAAACUCAUCGCAAGUUUCUUUAGUUUUACAUAUAAAAAUAGCAACAUAACUGCAUUUAGCGGAAACUACCAAACAUAGGACUUUCCCCCAGGAGACUAGAGUCUAAGUCCCAUUAUUUUGUCCUGCUACACUUUGUUGUGGUAGUUGCCAUUUUUUGUCAGUAAUUUUAGUCAGUAUUUGCUUUGGUUUAUGCUACAAAGCUACAUAGAUUAAGUUUAGACACCAUAGGUCAAGAUUUGGUUCAAAACACACAAUAAUGAGCCUCUGAAAACUUACGCGUCCCACAAUUUCACUGCUUUUUUGGCGAAAAUAACAUAUUUGGUGCCGUGGACCAGUGUAGAUGUCACACAUUUUGGCUUGAGACUCGGCUGUCUGCACUCUUGAACACUGGGACUGUGAGGGAUGGGAUAGUGAUGAUUUGCUGUAUUUUCGUGCAUAUGUUUAAAUACUGUAUUAUUUUGAGAAAUAAAAGAUGUACAGCUAUUGA